GUCAAGGUGCUUUAAAUCAGCUACCUUUAAAACUAUGCUCUCUAUAGUCUUUAUUAUUCAUGAUUAAUUUGUGAGAAUAUUUUGUUUACAUGUACCACUAUUUAAAUUAUAAAGUUGCGAGGGAUGAAAGGAAGUAAUCUGUUACUAUUUUAAAUAUUUAAAAAUGCAAAAUAUUAUACAAUCUAUAGAGCAAUGUAAUGUUAUCCGUUAUACAUCGUAUAGAACUGCAGCAAAAAUGCAAAUUUUACAUAAGGAACUUAAUAUGCAAUAUGUUCAACUAGAAUUAAUUGCUGGAGUCUUUGAACGCCAUAGACUUUCAAUUACAGAAAAUUGUGUAAAUUUAGACCCAAGUGAAAUUGAAGAUGUUCUUUCUGAUAUUUAUUUCGCAGCAUGCAAAGAAAAUAAUACUAAUUUUGAUAUUGAUCUUGUAACAAAACUGGCAUUGAAUUAUAUUUUAACUACAUAUGACAAACAAUGUGCUAGGACUGUUUCUGUAUUUUCUGUGAAAGUUGCUUUAAUACUAAUUAGUUCUGGGAGAUUACAAGAGAAGUAUGGAUAUCUUUAUCAACAAUUAGCUGAUCAUAAUGCAUGCUUAUCCAAAGCUAGUUUACAUACAUUGUUGAUGAAUAUUUGUAAAAUUACGGAAAUGCUUGGAGAAAGUGCAGCAUAUGGACCUCAAAAUAUUCAAUCGCAUAUUGAUAAAUGUUUUUCAAAGUCUCAAGGAUGUCUUGGAGUUACUGAAUCAGAGUUUGCAACGUGGAUUAUGCAAGAACCUCCCUUGUUUGUUUGGAUAACAACAUUUAAUCGCAUAAAGUCUGCAGAAAAGAUCAUACAUAAUGUUAGAUGCUCAUAUUGUAAAACAACUCCAAUCCAAGGACCACGUUAUACAUGUCUAAAAUGUGCAACAUAUCAUCAAUGUCAACAUUGUUUCUUAUAUGACAAAAUAUCUGGAAAGCAUAAAUUGAAGCAUCCAGUUCGUGAAUUUUGUACCAAGACUUCUAAUCGAGAAUUAACAAAAUUAGUUAUUGAAUUAAUAAGAAACAAAUUGAGAUUAUGUCCUGCUAGAUCCAUCGAGUUAAAUAUUGAUGAUCAAAUCCCACAUAUAAGUAAUGAAAUAACACAUACGGAUUGUGAAUCAGUAAGAAGUACAAUGAAAAGACGAGUUUUAAAUGAUCCCCAAAAAGAACUACAAAGUAUAAUUACUCAUUUGGAAGAAGAAAAUAAACAAUUACAAAUUGAGUUACUUGAUAUACAGGGCACUAAAGCGGAAAGACUUCAGCGUCAUAGAGUUACAAUCGAAUCGCAAUUACAACGUCUAAAGCUAUUAAAAAAAUGUUUGUUUACUGAUAGAAUUUGUAUGCCUCGAGUAAUUAAUUAUAUGCAAAGUACACCAAUGGUUCCGCCUCUUCCAUCAAAAUUAACACCUUUGCCUAUAAAUUUUGAAUUGAGUCCAAUUAUUCGACAAGAAAAUGUAGAACAAAUUUCAAAUGUAAAUGAUACAGAUAUAUUACAAUCAAAUGAUUUUAAUCCAACUGGAGAUUAUAUCAAUAAACAAAAUCACGAUGUUAUUAUUGAUUCUGCAGAAGCAUCUACAAGCUUAGGAUUCAGUAAUGUAUUGGAACCUACUCAAAUAGAAUUAAGUACAUGGAUCGGAGGUACAAAGAAAUUAGAAAUGAACCCAUCCGAUAGUGGUUUUUCUCAAUGGUUGGGUUCUAACAAUUCGGAUAGUAAAGAAGAAAAAUAUCCAAUGAAAACUAUGACAACUAACACUGAAAAUGAAUCGUCUUUACCAAUAUCUGAUUCUCUUAUAGUUAUUCACAGAGAUAAUACACCAUCAUCUUUACAAAGACCUGAUAAACAUUCACAACAUAGUAGUUUGCAAAAUAUUCAAGGCGAUCUAAAUGACAUACUAGAUAGAUUACAGAAUAUGGUUACAGACGAUCGUUUACUUGACGAUUCCUAUGUUGCUAGUGACAAUUGCAAAUUGAAACGUGCUACCACAGAAAUGGAAGAUUUAUUAACGGGACUUAUUCAAGGUAUGGAAUCCCGCAAAAGUAAGCUUACUACUAUUGUGUAGUAAAUUUAUUAAUUACAAUUAUUAUUUUCUGAAAUCUCAUCGUAAAUAAUUACACAAUAUAUAUUUCCGUCCAUAAUUAUUAAGUAAUUAUAAGGUGUUGAUAUUAAUUAUAAUAAAAUAUGUAGUGUAAAUGUAAUAUGUAAAAAUAAUGUACAAUUAUGGCAACAUUAAAGUAACUUUUUACAAAAAUUAAAAAA